UAUUUGAGGGGAAUACAAAAUUAUUAGAGAAGCAUUAACUAACCAACCAACUCUGCAUCUGCAAUAACAGUCCAAAAGUCAUGGACUCUCGCCUUAAAUAAACAUCUCCGUGGGCGUGGAGACUCAUUUCAUCACGCAAUUCAAACGCACCAUUCUCACGCAACACGAUCAUGCCUUCUCUCCUCACCGCGCUGCUCAAAUUCGCAACCCGAUCCCUAAUUUUUGCAGUGGUUCUAUGGAUUGGACUAAUUUACGUCGCGGAAGCUAAUGGCGGCGACGUUGAAGGACAAUUGCUGCUGAGAGGAGUUAGCGAGCAGAGAGUGUUCGACUACUUCAAGCUCGCUCUCCAAUGGCCGGGCACCUACUGCCGCAAAACUAGUAAAUGUUGUGCCCAAAAUGGCUGCUGUCGAGGGUCAAAUAGCCCGACGGGAUUUACAAUACAUGGACUUUGGGCUGAUUACAAUGAUGGAACUUGGCCUUCAUGUUGCUCGGGUAAAAAAUUUGAUGCUACACAGAUUGCAACAUUGCGUAACGCACUGUAUAAGUACUGGCCAACUUUAAGCUGCAGUGAUUCAAAGAACUGCUAUGGUGGAAAAGGAUUAUUUUGGGAACAUGAGGUUGAAAAACAUGGAACUUGUGCUGCUUCAGUAACAGGAGAUGAAUACAAUUACUUUGUAACAACUCUUAAUUUGUACUUCAAGUAUAAUGUCACGGAGUUUCUGGCAGAUGAAGGAUAUGUAGCAUCAAACUCUGAAAAAUAUCCCGUAGGAGGCAUUAUUUCAGCCAUUCAAAAUGCUUUCCAGGCAACUCCAGAAGUUGAAUGUUCGGGUGAUGCUUUGGAGGAAAUUUACUUAUGCUUCGAUAAGACUUUUAAGCCUCGUGAUUGUGAAAUUAAAACCACCACAAACAGUGGCAUAGUUACUUCAUCGACAUGCCCCAGCUACGUCUCCUUACCAGUGCUUGCCUCAUCAAAACUUGGGCACAGUCAAACCGGAGUUUCACAAUCCACUCUACAAUCGUCCAUCUGAUCGACUUGAAGAUGGGGAUACGCAAGUCGUCGCCCUACGCCUAUCAGGUAAUAAAAAGUGCCAGGGAAUUCGUCGGCAGUUGAAACCUGUUUACAUGUAGUGUGUAUUAGGUUUAACUUAAGAUGUGUAUGAUGCCAUAUUAUACGUACUGAGACGGGAUUUUCCUGGUCUUGAAUACUUCAUUUUAUUCUUGCUAUUGCCAUCACCAUGAAAUAUGAUCUAUCUCUUUGGACAGUC